GUAAACAAGGGUCCUGUCACACAAAAAAAUGGAAGUUGAGAUGCAGAAUGGUAACAUUAGCGAGCUUAGAAAGAGGGAAAAAUGAAAUUUCCGAAGAGAAAGUUGUUUCUUCUCAUAAUUUUUGCCUAUGUAGCGUUUUCGCUAUACGCUGCAUACAACGUUUUCUUUAGUACUAAAGUCAUAUCCCGCGUUCACAGGGUAGAGAAGAAAGAAGCAGGGCCCUCAGGGGGUGUUCGAGAUGGCGGAGCUGCUCCAUUUAUUGGAGAUGAGUGGAAUCCGUGGGAGGAUGAACAAGUGGAGUACAACUCCGCACUUAACAAAAAGAGAGAGGCCUUCAAACAGCAUAUGGCACGAAUCGAAAAGAACAAACUCAAAAGAUACAAGGUCCAGAUCUGGGGUAAAGCAGCCAUCGGACUUUACCUUUGGGAACAUAUAUUGGAGGGACCCCUCAACCCUACUGACAAGAUAGCGCAAUGGAAAGAGGGCGAGUUUCAAUCAAGUAAAAUAGACUUCAAUUUCUACACAGGUUCUGCAGUAGUCCAAGGUCAUGUUCCCUUGGAUAUGAACAGCCUGGUUCUUGUUCUGAAUGGUCGUGAACAGCAGAAGGUAGCGUACUCCACACGUUGGUUGGAGCACGUCCGAGCUUUGGUUCAGUCCCGCACGGUGUCUCACGUGGCUGUGGUCCUGCUGGGCAAUGAGCACUGCAACAAUGACUGGAUAGGGCCAUACCUAAAGAGACAUGGUGGCUUUGUGGACCUGCUCUUUUUAGUGUAUGACAGCCCUUGGGUCAAUGACAGAGAUGUCUUCCAAUGGCCUCUCGGUGUUGCCACAUACAGGCAGUUUCCCAUGGUCAGGCCCAAUGGUGAGAUGAUCACCUCCAACAGGCCAUAUCUCUGCAACUUCCUCGGUACUGUUUACAAGAAUUCUUCUCGGGAAACACUCAUGCAGGUUCUGAAACAAUCUGGCCUGGAGAAGGAUUGUAUCACCACUGCCAGGGAGAAAUGGCUCCCCCAGGAGACAGAAGACAGUCUAAAGCGUUAUCAAACUGCUCUGGCCCAGAGCGACCUCACGCUCUGCCCCGCUGGUGUCAACACGGAAUGCUACCGCAUCUACGAGGCCUGCUCUUAUGGCUCAGUGCCUGUGGUGGAAGAUGUAUUGACACCUAGGACCUGCGCAGCUGGGCACAGCUCUCCACUGCGCCUCCUGAAAGCAGCGGGAGCGCCCUUCGUCUUUAUUAGUGAUUGGCGGGACCUUCCCGCUCUUCUGGAGAAGGAGAGAGGAUUGAGCCAGGAGCAGAGGGUGGACAGGAGGAGGAGGUUACUGGAGUGGUACGCCACUUUCCGUCACCAAAUGAAGGAGAGGUUCACUGAGGUCAUAGAGGAGAACUUUUUCAAAAGUGGCUGAUUGUGUUGCUUAAAAAAAUAACAUAGGUGACAAUGAUUUAAUUUUGUCGAAAGUGGAAAAAAUGUUGAUUGCUUUCUUCUGUGGUGAACCUGGUGAUUAUCAGUAUUCUGUUGUGCGCAGUUUAUAUUCUGAAUAAUAUGUAUUUUGUGAUUUGUGAGUAUCUGAGACUUUUCUUUCUUGUUUAUAUUUAAAUGGCAGUGGUUAUUGCAUGUCCAGUGGUGUCGAAUUUAUAGAGAAAAUGAUGUUUUUGUAAACCGAGGUCCACAUAUUUCAACUACAUUGUAUAUCUGUUUGUAUGAAUUUAAUUGUGUGUGUGUGUGUGUGUGUAGAAAACGCAACAACACAGCAGAAGAAACAGAACAACAUUGUCAAAAAAUGGUACAUAAGUUAUUUUGUAUUGUGUGUUCAAAGUGGAGAAGUGGGUAUUGCAUGUUUAAAUUAUUUUAGAGUGCCUAUUUAUUUCCGUUGCUAUGCUGCAUGGCUAUAUUUUUUUGUCAGUGCAAUAAAAUAGUUUCUAAUCAAGCCAUCCAUCCAUCUUAUAAUAUAUAGCAUUAUGCACGUGGGAGCUGAUGUUUUUCUGAUGGUUUAAUGGGAAUUGUAUAUCCUGCAGAUGGCGCUAGGGUCGAAUUUAUAUUGGAAGUAAACAGUUUGCCUCUGAAUACAAUGCUGGGUCUUGUCAGUAAAUGUCACUACUAUUUGAUGAGCACAUGCCUUUCUACAUUUCCUGAAGCCAUUUUACACGUUGCAAAUGUUUAACUGUUAAUAUUGAGUGGAGAUUGUGUGUACUGUACUAUUUUUGAUAUGCAGUAUUAAAAGUUUUG